GCAUCAAAACAGGCCGGCAUCCCAGCCACAGUCUUCGAGCAAGACACCUCGCCCACGUCCCGCCACCGCGACUGGAACUUUGGCAUCUACUGGGCCCAGUCCCGGCUCGAAGAAUGUCUCCCCCCAAACCUACACCACCUCGUCAAGUCAACACAGACAGACCCGAACUAUGAGCCCUCGGUGGAUGAGAAGCUCAACAUCUUCAACGGCCACACUGGCGAGAUGAUGAACAGCCUCCCCGCACCAUACAGCAUGCGGAUCCGGCGCAGGCCUUGGUUGGAGCUUCUCACGACUGGAAUUGAUGUGCGCUAUGGCAAAAGGCUUUCCAGCGUGUCUGUCACGGAUAUCAGUAUGACGAUAGCCUUUGAAGAUGGGACAUCUGAAACUGGCACUUUGCUCAUCGGUGCGGAGGGAGCUCACAGUCCCACUCGAGAGUUUCUCUUCCGGAGGUCGCCCCAGGAGGCAGCGUUGCUUAGCUGUCCUAUUGUCACGACGGCUACUUUGACGACGUUUCCCAAGGAGAUUGCAGGAGAGCUUGCCAAGUUGCACCCUAAACAUAUCAUUACGUUUGACCCGGCGGGGAUGAUUGUUUGGAUAGGGGGUUUGUUCCCUUCUCAUUGCGAUCAUGAUAGAGAGCUGAUAGUCACCGGCAGCGAUGCCAUCUUGGCUGACCUAAAGUGUCGAGCUGAGAAGCUGGCAUUCCCCUUCAAAGACGCCAUCCAGAGCGUGCCAAAUGGGACGAGAGCUUGGCACGCCCGGCUCUCCUACUGGCCCACCAAGCCCUGGGAUAACCACAACGGAAAAGUAACCCUGGCAGGCGAUGCAGCGCACCCCAUGACGUUCCGCAACGCCAUCGCCGAUGCGGCCGAGUUCCAGACCUGUUUGUCGUCCUCCAGCAACAACCUUGUCGAAGCGGUAGCAAAGUACGAAAAGGAGAUGUGGGCGAGGGGUUUCGAGGCGGUAAAGGUGAACUUGGAGAAUAGUAUCGCGUUGCAUGACUGGAAGAAGGUGUUGUUGAGUCCAUUUUACAAGGCUGGUAUCAAGAGGGACGCGGAAGUUGGGGUGAGUGAGGAGGGCAAAGUGGACGAGAAGGGGCAAGCGAAGGGUGGCGAGGGGGAGCUAUUUGAUGAGUGA